AUGUCUGCUGCUUCGCUUCCUAACGUGUCCUCGGACCUGAUCUGGGAGAUCGUCCGAAACAACAACUCCUUCUACGCCAAGAGCAAGAAGAACGGUGGUGUCCAGUUCUCCCGCGACCCCCUCAACCUGACCAACAAGGUCAGCCGCAAGUACGCCGGUUUCGUCAACGAGAAGGCCGUCGGUGUUACCGCCAACGAGAAGGGUGGCGUUGUUGUCAUCAGCAAGAAGGCCGGCACUGCCAACAAGCCCGCCCAGAACCUGACUGAGACCACCGUCACCAAGGCCAGCCGAAAGACCUACCUUACUGUUGCCAACCAGACCGCCAAGAACGGCUACCGUGGUGACCUCCGCGCCGCUGCCGUCGAGCGUGCUUCCGCCAUCCGCCGAUCCCAGAAGCCUGUCAAGGCUGACCACGAGGUCAAGCUCCGAGGCAACAGGGCCAAGAAGGCCGCUGCCGCUGAGGAGAACUAA